AUUGUUGAACGGUCGGGUUGACUGCCGGCAGCCGUCCCGUCAUUAGAAUGUCCGCUUGAUCGGCACGCUACAGACAAAGCGAUCGCCGUCUUCGUCGCUCGUCGGGAUCCUAAAAUAGCUUGUUAAGGCUUGGACAAACAACCGUUUCGCGAAGAUUUAAUAGUCUGUUGGUACCAUUACGGCUGAUAGCUGAUAAUCGCGACCUCGGGUGAGUUCGAUCAGCCACUGCGCGCGCUUCGUUAUCAGUUGCCUCCGUGAAGAUCACUCUCCGGUUGACCCGAUCGUAACCGACACAGCGGACCGCUAGUUCAGUAGCAAGCCCACAGUCGAACCGUCAGGAUGGUCAUCAGAAUAGCGCUGGUUCAGCUCAAGAUCGCGGGAGCGCGCGAGAAGAUCUUGAAGAACGCAGUGGAUCUGAUCCGGAUCGCCAAGAAGGAAAAGUUCGCGAACGUGGUGGUGCUGCCGGAGAGCUUCAACAUUCCGUACAGCGAGGCGGACUUUGCAGCGAACGCCGAGGCGAUCCCGUCCGGGGAGACGAGCAAGGCGUUGAGCGAAGCGGCCAGCCAUUUUGGGGUGCACGUCGUGGGAGGAUCGUUUGUGGAGCGUGAUCGCGAUGGGAAGCUGUUCAACACUUGUACGGUAUGGGGACCCGAUGGCGCGCUGGUGGCCAAGCAUCGGAAGGUCCACCUCUGCGACACCAACAUCCCGGAGAAGCUGGUGGUGAACGAGACGUCGGUGUUCACCCGUGGCGAUAGCUACACGACGUUCUACGUGGGUGAAACCAAGAUCGGGCUGGGCAUCUGCUGGGACAUGCGGUUUCCGGAGUUUGCCGCGGCGUACCGUGCCGACGGGUGUGAUCUGCUGAUCUACCCGGCCGUUUGUGACUGCUACACCGGCGAGUUGCACUGGGAACUGCUGGCUCGGGCUCGUGCCGUCGACAACCAGGUGUUUGUGGCGUUCUGCUCGCCGGCACGGGAUCCCCACGCGGACCUGGUGGCGUACGGACACUCGCUCGUUGUGGAUCCGUGGGGAAAGGUCAUCCAGAAGGGCACCGAGUUCCAGGAGAUUGUGGUGGCGGAUUUGAUACUAAAGACGCUGCCCGAAGCACGUAGCCAGAUUCCGGUGCUGCAGCAGAAGAGAGCCGACCUUUACGAGUUGGUGAAGAAGAAGUGACGCGGAACUGACCAAGGAAGAUUGUGAUUGCGUGAUGAUGGAAAAUUUUUAACAAAUUGAUUGUGACGAAUUCAGGACUUUUUGUGUAUACGUUUUAAAAAUUGUGAUAAUGAAUAAACACGUGCAUCGCGGUGGUAUGUUGAUAAGGAA